GACAGCCAACGUGAGGACUGCAGCCAAGGCAUGAGGGCUGCUUGUGGCUCCUGCAGAGCUGGAGCUGCUGUGAAUCCCGACAGCUGGGAGACAGCAGCUGUGGUGGCUGAUCCUCCCCCAGGCAGGAGCAUCCUCAGUCUGAAUCCCUAGAGAAGUCCUUGAGGCAGAAUCCCCGAGGCACCAUUAGGAGCUGAUAAGGACGAAUGAGCCCAAAUUCUGCCUCACAACAGAAGGAAACCUUUCUCCCCUUCGUUUUGCCACAGGUGCUAAACAUCAUCUCCUAACCAAGAGGGUCCUGAUGACAUCACAUCCUCUCCAAAGAGCCACACAGCCUCCUGAGGCAAGCCAGAAAGAUCAGCUCUGCUCCACCACACCUCACUGGGGACGGCCACCCUCGGAGAAGAUGCCCAGGGCCAGGGCCCCUCUCCUGCUCCUGCUUGGCCUGGUGCUCUGCAGCUGUGGGACCCACGGCCGGGUGUACAGCAUGGUGGCUCGGCUCCUUGGCAGAGACAGAGGGCACCUGCAGGUGGGGCAGCGGCUGGAGCUGGAGUGCCUGCCCGAGAAGGAGGACAGCGGCGUGUUCUGGAUGCGCCGGGACAGGCACGGGAACCUCCACUUCAUUGUCUUCAUCUCUCACAUUAACAAACUGACGUUUGAGGGGAGCCAGCAGAGCUCCCAACGCUUCGAGGCGAUGAAAGACAGCAAGUCCUACCGGCUGGUGGUGAAGGCUUUCGAGCCGCAGGAUGAGGGCAGCUAUUUCUGCCUCAUGAACAGCAACCAAGUGCUGUACUUCAGCUCUGGCCUGCCUGCCUUCUUCCCAGUCACCACCACCAGAGCACCACCCACCACCCAGCAUGGCACCACUGAAAAGGACCCCUGCCCAAGGACCCUGGAUACAGACACCAGCAGAGAGGAGCUGAGUUUCUUCUGUGACAUCUUCAUCUGGGCUCCCCUGGCAGGUGCCUGCCUCCUGCUUGUCAUCGCCCUGGUGGUCACCAUUGUGCUGUGCCAACAAACCAGAAGGCGAAGAUGCAGAUGUAAAAGAGCUGCCCAAGGGAAGCCCAGGGUGAAGCCCAGCAGACAGCCGUAAGCACCUCCUGGCCGCCGCAGCACCCUCUGGCAGCUGUCACCCAGAAGCCAUCGCCCAGGUUCCCGCAGUGCUCCUGCUCCACAGGCACUGCCCCCUGACACAUCUGAGAGGAUGAAGCAGAGACACAGCCCCAGCAGGCAGCGAUCCUGCCCGGGGCCAGCCAAAGCACAGCUCCUACCCACAGCCACCAGCGCUGCUCCCAGCGGAGGCGACACAGAGGUCGGUGCCGGUGCCGGUGCCAACACAGGCCAGGAGCAAGCUGGUGAGAAGCAGGAUGUCAGCUGCAGCCUUGCUCGGGGGCUGAGACGUUUGGCUUUUUAAUGCAGCCAAAAUCUGAAGCUGGCAGAAGUGCCUUAGCUAUAAAAGCCCUCAGCUAAGGGCUCCUGCCUCUGGGCUGCCGCACGGCCCCGGGCAGCUGCGCUGAGAAGGGAAACGUGGCUGAAAGGGGCUCUGCUUGCCAGGGCUGGCAGCCCUGGGGGCAAAGAUCUACUCUUUCCUUCUUGCUGUCCUUGUUCUGCUGCUAGCCCCAAGCAGAAAUGUUGCCGGGGGGGAUUCUGUUGCUUUCUGGAAGAGAGUUGAGCCAUUGAAACCAAGCGCUGAGUGUCUGCCCCUUGCUUUGGUGGAGCGGAGCUGGCAGCACACCGACAUGCACUGGCUGCAGCGAGUCCUGCUUGCUCAGCUCUGCGUUUGAUGUAUUUCCUUACUACACCUGCAAACCUACAACUGGGGAAAAAAUAAAGCAAACCAACACUUCUAGUCA